AUGCCGCACACUCUCAAAUUAAGCGAAAUAAAGUCAAAUAUAACAACAAUUAUACAAAAUCUACAACAAUUGGAAACUUUAGGAAGUUCACCAAACAAUAACUUCAAUGCAGACGAAUCCGCAACACUGCAGCAACAAACAACUGCGUUGUUGUCGAGUCUCGAGGAGUUGCCGGCAAAACAAAUUGCACGCCUGCAAUUGCAACGCAAGCGACGACGUCAACAAAUAAAGCGAAAAUGCAAACAACAAAAACGCGUCAAUCGAGCAUAUGCAAGGCAUUUCAAGGACACAAAGGUCAUUGCUCAAUCUCUUAGCAAUGAAGCACAACCGUCACAGACUACGACACAAACAGCACAACACAUUACACUGAAAAAACUACACGAUGCCAACAACAAACUCAAGACAUUCGAUUUACUAGAGCGUCUCUACAAUGCGCGCGGCGGAGAGAAAGACUUAAACCAAAGACUUAGCCGAAUGCGCGCAGUUUGGAGACGCGUUAAGCAGGAGUGCGAAAAUGCAACAGGUGGGGGAACUUCGCUGAAGUUGGAGGCACAGUGGGACCAAGUUAUUUUUGGAAAUUCAUGCACUGCAUUUGAUCAUCGUCGUAGUCAUAGAAAACAGCAUCUACAGCAGCUUAUACAAUGCCGAUUCGUAUGGGACUCGUAUAUAAGCAAUGGUAGUGACGCAACUUCCAUACCCAGUGGUUGGGUGUUACCACCUGAGAACCCGUCGCCAGAAUGGGCUGAAUUUCGUUGUGAAUAAAGCAUACCAAAGUAUUUACAAUACAUAAUGUGGAAUUUUUAAUUCUUUUAAAGAAUCUCGGUGUUAGUCUUAGAAACACAUUAAAAUGCAAAUUCUACACAUGCACAUCUAUCAUUUAUUCGUAAAUCCAAUCGCUGGCAGCUGGGGUCCAGGUGACGAGCUCCUUCUCGUUGAACCACAGUGCAAUCUCCUUCUCGGCGGAUUCGACAGCAUCCGAGCCGUGGAUGAUGUUGCGGCCAACCUGGAUGCAGAAAUCACCACGAAUGGUGCCGGGCAAGGAGUCGGCGGGGUUGGUGGCGCCCAACAUUUGACGGCCGGUCUUGACCACAUUGAGACCCUCCCACACCAUGGGAACCACUGGACCGGAGUUCAUGUAGUUGACCAAACCGGGGAAGAAGGGACGGGCAGACAGAUCAGCAUAGUGCUUCUCCAACAAUUCCUUGGAUGCCUGUAAUGACACAAAGCAACAUAUCAUGUAAGUCAGUAAUUAAAAUAAUCGUUUUCUUGACCUCUAAAAAGUGUAUGUACUUAUAACCUCAACCGGUUAUUUUUGCAAUAAGAGGCUGCUGAGAGCGACCCUUCGCCAUGUUGAGGUUAUGCACGAAAAACUGAACACGCGUACCUAUUGAUUUUUUUCUUUCUUAAUUGAAUUAUCUUCUACCGGCUUUUACUUACCCAAGUGAACUUCAAGGCGACCAAUUUGAAGCCCUUCUGCUCGAAACGCUCAAUGAUCUUGCCGACGAGUCCACGUUGGACUCCAUCGGGCUUAACCAUGAUGAAAGUGCGUUC